GCGCAAAGCAAGGACUCCUCGUUCUCUCGGCAAUCACAUCUUCAGCUCGAGACCCUCAGGAUGCGCUGGGCUCGUUACCGUGAUGUGACCAGUAGUGUUAGCGCGUUGACGAGGUUCGGAACGUCACACCUGGGCAGGAACUGGUUCUACCUUGCGGAUCUCGCGUUCUCAUACUGUAUCUUUACAACAUUCCUUGGUCGCUACAGUAGACAUACCUACUGAGUGGUGUAUAAAUCAGGUUCCGACUUCUGGAAUCAGACAGCCGUGACCCUUCCAAAUCGUAC